AACUCCCAAGACUUUGGACCAAUUCCUCGAGCUAAACAGAUUACCAAUACGAAUAAGCAAAUAAAACCCUUAUAAUACAACUAGACACGCAAUGGCUGGCAAUAUAUAUAGAUAGGCUCCUGCUUGCAGAGGCCUUCUCGUAAUGCAUUGAGCUCUGCCGGUGUGCAUACUGCUGUCAUGGAGCCUCCUGUAGAGCUUCCUCAGAAGAAGAGGAAAAGGUCGGAACCUCCAACGGGGGUUCCAGCUAAGGUGACUUUAGGAAGGAGUAGCUUCCCUCCUGGUUUUGUCUUCGGUGCUGCCACUUCUGCAUACCAGGUGGAAGGAGCGUGGAAUGAAGGAGGGAAAGGGCCAAGUAUAUGGGACACCUUCACCCAUAACAACAAAGAUAAAAUUCAAGACAAAAGCACUGGAGACAUUGCGACCGACUCGUACCACAGAUUCAAAGAAGAUGUUAAAAUAAUGAAGGAUAUAGGCAUGGAUUCAUACCGAUUCUCCAUUUCUUGGUCAAGGAUAUUGCCAAAGGGCACACUAAAAGAUGGAGUAAAUCCAGAAGGAAUCAAAUACUACAAUGAUCUCAUCAACGAGUUAAUAAAAAAUGAAAUAAAGCCCUUUGUCACCCUAUUUCAUUGGGAUGUACCACAAGCAUUAGAGGAUGCAUAUGGAGGCUUCUUGAGUAGUAAGAUUGUGAAUGACUUCAAAGAUUUUGCGAACAUAUGCUUUGAAGAAUUUGGAGACCGAGUUAAAUACUGGAUCACUUUAAAUGAGCCAUGGAGUUUUAGUAGUAUGGGAUAUUCUCUUGGAAAGCAUGCACCUGGGAGAAGCUCUGAAUUAUUAGGAUCUCCGGAGGGUGACUCCAUGAAGGAACCAUAUAUUGUUACUCAUAACCUUAUUCUUUCUCAUGCAGCAGUUGCUAGGCUCUACAAAAACCAAUUUCAAGCUGAACAACAAGGUGAAGUAGGAAUUACCCUUGUAAGUAUGUGGUUUGAGCCAUAUUCAAAAUUGUAUCAAGACAAAGAGGCUGCAAAUAGAGCCAUUGAGUUCAUGCUUGGAUGGUACAUGGAUCCAUUAGUCUACGGAGAUUAUCCAUUUAACAUGAGAGCAUUGGUUGGGGAGAGGCUUCCUUUCUUUACAAGCGAGCAGUCAGAGAUGAUUAAAGAAUCCUAUGAUUUUAUUGGAAUUAACUAUUAUACUUCUAGAUAUGCAAAAAGUGUUUCAAUCUCACAGAACUAUUCACCUAUUAUUAGCAUUAAUGACUCAUAUGCCGAGCAAUUUGAAGCAAAAGAUGGUGUUCCUAUUGGACAAUUGAAUGGUACAUGGAUAUAUGUCUACCCUCGUGGAAUGAAAAACCUCUUAUUAUAUACAAAGAGGAGGUAUAAAGACCCAAAAAUAUACAUCACUGAAAAUGGAACUUGUGAACUAGACAAUUCAAAUCUAACAUUGAAACAAGCACGCAAUGAUCCACAUAGAAUCAAUUACCUCUCCAUCCACCUUGCUGAAAUUUGUGAAGCCAUACGAGAGGGAGUCCGUGUGAAAGGAUACUUUGCUUGGUCUCUUACAGACAACUUUGAAUGGGAGCAAGGCUACGUUCAACGAUUUGGGCUAACAUAUAUCGAUUAUGAUGAUGACCUCAAGCGCUAUCCAAAAAAGUCUGCCGAAUGGUACACUAGGUUCCUUAAUUCCUAAACUGUCUCAUUAAAACCGUCCAACUUCUAUGGGCUGGCUCUAGUUGGGUUUCUUUGUACAAAUGGUUCAUGUUUCAGUGAAGAUUAACUUCCCGUGGUAGUGGUGUGCUGAAAUAAAAGAGUAGCGUUUAAACGUUUAGGAGAUUUGUUCGUUACAUCUAUGCGAUGCAUAGAAAUCAUUGUAAAAUAAUGGCUGGAAACUGAUUAUGUCAAAUUGUCAAUUCAUUAUAACGUCAA